AUGAGGACUGCCCUGGUCUUCGCCUGCCUGGUGGGGAUAGCAUGUACCUUUUCGGUCAAGAGCUGGCUGCGGCGAGCCAAGCUGGAUGACUCGGAAGAAAACGCGGUGUUCAAGAACAGGCACCGGUAUUACCUGUACAGAUAUGCCUACCUGCAUUCCCCGCAGCAACGGUACCAGGGCAGUGACUCAUCGGAGGAAGAGGGGGACGGCUCAGAUGAGGAAGAGGAGGAAGUGGGGAAGGCAUCCCAUGCUGGCACCAAGGCAGAUGGCCACCCCAUUGGAGCAGCCCCUGGAGACAGCAAGGGUGGGCUGGGAGGAGACCUCGCAUGCCCCCAGCAGGGCAAGGGCUGCCAAGGGCCCCCAAAGGGGGGCAGGAACGGCACUGUGGGCAGGGGGGUUGACUCUGAAAAUGAAGACAGUGAUGAGAAUGAGGAGGAGGAGGAAGAGGAAGAAAUAGCUGAGAAUGAGAAUGGUGUCAAUGGCACAAGCACCAACACCACUGAGGGAGCAGAUGGGCCUCACGGCAAUGGCACUACAGUGGCUGAGGAGGAGGAGGAGGAGGAAGAAGAAGAAGAAGAAGAAGAGGAAGAGGAGGAGGAAACUGAAGCCACCACCAUUGCCAGCACCACCAAUGAGGAAGGGCUGUCCCAGGCAACCACCACGGGACAUGCAGCACCCACGGAUGCCACCACAGCUGGGGAGCAGUGGGAGUACGAGGUGACGGUCGGGGGCCAUGGCUGGGGGGACGAGGGCACCACCGAUGGCAGCUAUGGGGAGCAGGACGAGUACGCCCGUGGGGACAGCUACCGGGCCUACGAGAAUGAGUACGGCUACUACAAGGGGCACGGCUAUGACGUGUAUGGCCAGGAUUACUACUACAGCCAGUGA